AGCAUGACAAACGUCAAAAUUUGUCAAUAAUACGUUUCACAGAUCACAAUUUUUUUGCUGUAUUUAUGAUAGGGAGUAGGAUAAGCUCGCAUUUCUUUGUCUGAAAAUUUUAUGGAGAUUUUGUGUUAAACAAGCCCGUGUGUUGGUGUUCUUGAUGGUGUCCGGUGACGAUUCAAAUGGUGGCCGUUUGUCGCGUAAAACUACGAGGUCCCCGAACCGUAAGUCCAAGAAGACAGAUGCAGACCUAGCAAAGGGGUCAGCGUUGCGAAAUGAUUCGCAACCUUCUGUCCAUAAAAGGAAUCUUUACGUCGUUUCUUUCCCAAUCAUCAUUCUGUUUAACGUGCUAAGAUCAAUUUUAUAUCAACUUUUUAUAAUUUUUAAAUAUUUGUAUACGGCGUCGCAUCGGUUCAUGCACAAGCCUCGUAAAGCGGGCGAGUGUAACUUGGAAGUGGUUGUGAAGGACGGUAUAGUGUCUACGGAGCUCGCCCCCAGCGAGGAGAUGUCUCACAUACACAAUGUGGGCCCCGGGGACCCACUGCUGGCCAAGCAGAAACAUCACCAUCGCAAAGCUUUUGAGUACAUAUCAAAGGCAUUGAAGAUUGAUGAGGAAAAUGAGGGACAAAAGGAACUAGCAAUAGAGCUUUACAAAAAAGGCAUUUAUGAGCUCGAACGAGGGAUCGCCGUCGACUGCUGGGGAGGCCGCGGCGACGCCUGGCAAAGGGCUCAACGACUUCACGACAAAAUGAAAACCAAUCUAGGCAUGGCCAAAGACAGACUACACUUCCUUGCCAACCUAGUCGCGCUCAGUAAGUUGGGCGUAGAGAGUGAGCCCGAACGGAGUGACAAAAAGCCGACGGAGUCGCCCCUAAAAGCGCGAAGGCUUGAGAAGUCCAAGACGACGUUACUCGCACAUACAGAAAGUAACAGUGGUCAAACGAAGCCUCCGAACGAAGUCGCAGGCCGAAAACUCACAACGGCUGGGCGACGGGUGCCAAGUGGGGGUGUUGGAGGCCCACUGAUGAAAUCCCAGACCCUGCCCCGGUCCAUGGGCAGGUCAUCAUCACAACCCAACAGCUCCAACGGGAGCUACAGCAGAUAUCCUGUGAAGCCAGCCUCGACGCCACCUGCAGUCAAAAGACAGCUUUCUAGCGCAUACCAGGUUCCUUCAAACGGGUCUCCAGUCCGGCGCGUGGUCGGCGGUGGCUCCCAGCGGGGGACUCCUACGAGGAGUAGGACCCCUCAACCAGCCCUCAGCGUGCGGGGGGUUGACCCCAAACUCGUCCAGCUCAUUUUGGACGAGAUCGUCGAAGGAGGUCCCAAGGUGCAUUGGGAAGACAUCGCGGGACAAGAUGCAGCUAAGCAAGCUUUGCAAGAGAUGGUGGUGUUACCGUCUUUGAGGCCCGAACUCUUCACUGGACUGAGGUCACCGGCAAGAGGACUACUCCUCUUUGGACCACCAGGAAAUGGUAAAACUCUGCUCGCACGGUGUGUAGCAGCAGAAUGCUCAGCAACCUUCUUCUCCAUAUCGGCUGCGACCCUCACCAGCAAGUACGUGGGUGAAGGGGAGAAGAUGGUGCGAGCUCUCUUCCAGGUCGCCAGGGAACUGCAGCCCGCAAUAAUCUUCGUGGACGAAGUAGACUCGCUGCUAUGCGAGAGAUCGACGGGCGAGCACGAAGCCUCCCGGCGACUGAAGACCGAAUUCCUGGUGGAGUUCGACGGGCUACCGGCCGCGGGGGCCGAUCGGCUGAUCGUGAUGGCCGCUACUAAUCGGCCGCAGGAGUUAGAUGAAGCUGCUUUGAGACGAUUUCCAAAGCGCGUGUACGUAUGCCUACCGGACGCUCGCACUCGCAUGUCGCUGAUCAAGCGCGUGCUAGCCCGCGGGGCGGCCGCCGCCUCCCUCAGCGAGGAGGAGCUGGCGCGGCUCGCGGCGCUGACCGACGGGUACUCCGGCAGCGACCUCACCGCGCUGUGCCGGGACGCGGCGCUCGGCCCCAUCAGAGAACUGGAUCCUGAGGAAGUAAAAUGCUUAGACCUGUCUCUCGUGCGACCAAUAACCUUCCAAGACUUCAUGGAUGCCCUGAAGAGGAUCCGGCCGUCGGUGUCUCCUCACAGUCUAGUGGCGUACGAGAAGUGGUCCGUGCAAUAUGGGGACCUUGGGCUAUGAAGCAUUUGUUAUACAGGUAUCGGUAAUUUACUCAGAAUAAUGGUGAGUCAUUAAAUUAAGGGAAUAGAUAAUAGAAUGUACGAUGUUGAUUUACAAAUUGAUAAUAUUUAUCACGCAAAUAUUCAUCGCUCAAAUUUUAUAUAAUCCUACUUUACUGUCUCGACCACACUUUAACAGAUUAAAAAUAGAAGUAGCCAUAUUCCUUUUGGAUCUCCUUCAAUGAACACAUUCCCAGAAGUGUGGUCGGGGCAUAAUACCUGUUUCUUUACAAUUGACAUGAUUAUAAAGUUCAUUUUAAUAUUGAAUCGCAUCUAGUCAAUUUUGACUGUUUUGCGUAAUCCACAGUCCAUUAAAGUAGAGAUGCCCAGUCGAUUAGUUUUAUCGAUGUUUGCCGUAAUCGAUUUACGUGUAAUGUGAAACUUGCCAUGCAGUAUGUCAGUGUUGAAGCUUUUGAUAUUGAGUAGUGUUAAAUAUAAAUAAUUGUUUUUAAUUUGUCCCACAAUUUUAUUCAAGGAUUACAACCCUUCAGUGUGUUAUGGGACAAAAAUUAAAAAUUAUGAUUUAAAAUCCAAAUGUCCAAACUCCAUAGUCCUUAACGGGUGACGCCAAAUGAUAUAACCCGGAUCGUUAUAGAAGUAGCUUUCAAUGUAUCUAGAUGUAAAGAGAUCGCUUUGCUCCAAACGCUUCUGUAUCGAGGCGGGUUAUACCAGCCCUCUUAAUGCCCGUCCAGUCAAAAGGAAUGUUGGAAAGUGGUCUCUAUGUGAAGGACAGAAGGUUUAGUUUUCAUUAUCAUGCAUCCUUUUGGCUUGUUCGGCUUAGUUCCGCUUUGAACCCGAAGGACCAAAUAUAAAAUUGUGGAUAAUCUUGCCCACGAAUUAUGAUGGAUAUUUCUUAUCGAAAAAUUGUUUCGCAAAACAGUACGUUUUAAAAGUUGUACCGCAUUUCAUAUGUACUCCAUUUUAUAAGAAUUUAAUUAUGUACAGUUGACCGCAUGACAUUGGUGACAAAAGUUAUUUAAACAAAACUAUGCUGUAUUUUACGUGAAUGUGUUUAUCUUCACGCGGUUGACUGUACUUCUAUAGUUCAAAAUACAUUAUUACAUAAUAUACCACAAUAUCAUGAUGAAUUUUUGUUACCAUUUUUAUAGAAUAAAAUACAUAUAUAAUCACAUUUAUUAUCAGCUGAACAAAAUGAAAUCGUUGUACAAAUUGCGUUUACCUUAUAGUAUUACCUCAUAAUUUUGUAUAUUUGAAUUAUUAUUGCAAUUAAUUGUAUUGUAGCUUAAUGAAAUUUUUAUAUUUUAAUUGUGUUUUUAUUAAGAAAAAUUAUCGACAACCUUUAUGUAGGUGUAGUGUGUAAGAAUAAAGUUACGUUAAUAUUAUUGCAAUAUGUAUAUGAUAUACAUGUCACCAAAACCCGUAUUUUAGUAAGUAGCGAAACGCAUUUUUAUAUACAGUACUUAUUACUUUUACUGCAUAAUAUCUAGUUUUAUUAUACUGUAAUCUCACUUGUGGUGAAAAAUAGAGAUCAUGUUAAUAAUAUACAGAUUCUUAAUUGUAUGAUCACCUCAAAUACAAUACGUAGAUCAAAUAUCGAUGAUUGAAAUAUAUUGAAACAAAUAUUGUAAGGUUAAAUGAUUUGUUCAUAGGGUUGUCGAUAAGUCAAAGUAGGUUAGUACAAAACACUGCCCAGUGUUCUUAGAUAAUCCUAAGUUUUGAAAUUAAUCAACUGUUUAUUAUUCAGGCUAGCAUAGUUUUGCGGUAUUUUAUUGAAUUUUACCGUAAAUCUCUAGCAACCAAAAUACAAAUUUCAUUUUAAAAUUGUUAUCAUAUGUACUUAAUUAAUCUAAUUCUGUUGAUUUUAUUAUUUUUUAUUUUAUCAAGAAAAUUAUCUUGCCGCAAUCGCGAAAUUGAAAUUAUGCUUUUCUAUAUUAUAUAUAAUAUGCUGCAAAUCUUAUGAAUGAUUAUAAUUUUUAUCGAUAAUCGAAAACGGGUAGCACAUCACUUCCUUAGCAGAAUGAAUUAGAAUCGUUUGCUCAAAAUGUUGUAACGGUAACGAUGAUUUGAGCAUAUUGAAAUGAUAAUAUAUUUUCGUAAUAGUUUGUUACAAAUUGUCUAUCUCUUGGAUUGAAAGUUGUUUAAUGGAAAUUAUCAAUUACAGGACCACGCCGUUGUAUGUAAUUGUAGAGUUGACAUAGUGCCAUGUAGUGAACGAACCGUGUCGAACUAUCGAGACAUAGAGCAUAUAUGUGCAUUUUAAUGUGAAGUAAAUACACCGUUCUAUGUAUUAUGUCAAUAAUGUCUUGUCCUAGAAUAAUAAAUAAUUAAAUAAACUUUUAUAUCGACACUUGUCUCGGUGGUUCUGCUUUGCCAGAAAAAUAAAUGUCGAGUUUGUCUUACACUACAAUACGCUUAAAACUAAACCAAAAUAUCACGUAUCUUCCAAAAGACUAAAUCACGAUAUGUGCUGUUAUUUUUCUGGCUGAGUGUUACUCAAACGAGGGAGUUACGGUUGAACUCUAACGUUGAAGAUAUAAGGUUUAUAUUCGCUUGUUUAUCGACUGUUUCGUAUUGAGAAGAGCAAAAAUUUAUUGGGUAUGUAUAAGAAUCUCAAUGGUUUUAUUUUAAUUUUAUGCUAAGAUUAAUAAAGUAUGAUCUCCAUGCUCUUUUUGCAUCUACUUCCAUAAAUAAUAGAGAUGCAGUAAGAUUUCAUACCGUAACUCCUUCUUAGGCCCGAUACACAACUUCUUAUAGACAUUACUUCUUUUAAACUGCUAGAUAGACAUAUUUCAACCCAGAUUAAUUUAUUGAGCAAUUCGCUAGCUUUACUUUAUACUGUAAAAAGUGGUUUAUUAAAAGUUGUGUAUCGAGUGUUAGUUCAUCUCCGCUCCAUAUCGUGUUAGCCAAACGUUAAAUAGAUUUUGUAACGAUAGUAAACAGAUUUCCUAAAAAGACAGCGAUAUAGUGGUUAGUGCAGUUAUCGUAGCGUCUAUUUUAAAGUUAAUAUGUAGUUUUAGAUAAUGUAAUGUAGGUCCGCCCUAUGUGUUUAUGCUGAUGUUUCUGUUUUGGCGUGACUUUGGAUGCCUCGAAAGGGCAUUUUAGAAAUGGUGGAUAGGUGUACUAUUUCCAGAAAAAUGACAGUUUUUAUUUGCGACCAAAAUGGUUUAUAUUGUAUGAGAAUUAAGAGGUAAAAGCCAACAGUAAAAUGUGUUUGUGUAAUAUGUUGCUACACUUUGCGCUUUUGUGUAUGUCGGCCCCAAAACUUGGGAAGUGCAAUAUUCGAUCAUUUCGAACGUGUUUAGCGCAAACGUUUUACUAUAUUUAAUCCGUGGAGCAUACCUAAUCCUGUAGUAAUUUAGCUUUUAUAAAUAAAGUACGAGACUAAAGGAACCAUAUCAGGAAGGUAGAAAGCGGUCUUUUUGACCGAAAACAUAUCCGGGCAGUAGUCAAAAGGACAUUUAUUUUGAGGUCAAAUUCAAAGUCACGCCAAAACCUACAGCCAUGUAGAUACGCCCCUUAAUAUAGUGUUACCUCUCCUAGUACUAAACUAGACGGCAGUGGUUAAUUUUUGCUUCUUACACUUGCUGUCCACUGAAAUGGGUUAGCAUAAGAAUUGCAGGGAGAAUUACUAUCGAAUAAACCGUCAGUUGCAGAAAGAUCCAUUAAAAUUUGAGCUUCAAAUCUAUUGCUAACACUUUUUAUCUUGUCAAAAGGGUCAGCAAUCGAUUUAAAGAAUUUUUAACUUAAAUGGAUUUUUCUGCAACUGAUGGAAACUCUCAUGAAAUGUCGUUUGUUUUUUAUAAUGUCCCGACAUUAUAAAAAAAAAAAAAAAACUUUUGGAAAAACAUGUAUUUAUUUCAUGAACAUUUCAGUGGACAGAAGACAGUUUAGAUAGAAUAAUUCCUUGAAUCUUGAAACCCGUCAUACACUACUGGUAAACAAAAUAUAUGAACAGAAGGCGCGUUAAAAUACAUGUAUAGUAAGAGUAAUAUUUUAUAUGAAAUGGAUAUGAACAUGUGUGUGUAUUUAAUAUUACUGGAAGGUAUAUUUAAGGAGUUUGUAACAAGGUAGGUCGCACAAUAUGUUUUUUCUCGUCGUUGGCAGAAUGAAAUGCUUUAGCCACAAUCUCUAUGGCUUUUUAAUGGUCUGAUUGAAUUCGAAUAUAGAAUGUUUGUUGCUUUUUAAAUGAAAUGGUACUAUUGAGUGUUUUUUUUUUUUUUGUUAAGUGUGGAUCUCGUCUAUGUAAUGUCAUUUUUUAAAUUUAAACUAUGGAGACGUGAAUAAUAUGUGUAGGUACGUUUUUAUGCACUGUAGUGUAUGUCGAGGUUUAUCCCUGAACUUUUUUUAUUAAUAAAAGAAAACUUUUUAAGGCAAGUGUGCAAGUAAAGUAAAAAUAACGUUGUGAUUUUUUUAAACAAUCGUUUUUAAUGUUUCGGUUGUAGUUUUCAGUUUUUUGGAAAAAUACGUUUCUUGUUUCUGUAUUCGUAAACUGUUUACUAGUUACGUUACGUUUUUCGACAGUAUGAAGUUUGCAUAUUAAAAUUUAACUAUGUAUCUUUUUAGGUCGCCAAAAUAAGAACAAAUAAAUGAAUCUAAAGUAAGCCAAAGCAUAAAUAUAUGUUUAUUUUUUAAACGGCACUUUAUGUCAGUAUACUAAUGAAAAUUCUUGAAGAUCAUUCGAAUCCUUUCACUGAAUUAAUCGAUCCAGCUUUAAUCUUAGCAGAAAAAAGCUUUAAUAUUUGCUACGCGAUACUAAUGAACAUCGAUAUUUUUCAAUAAUUUAUCGAUAAAACACUGUAUCAACAACUCUACAUCUAAACUUUUCUUUACUUUUAUUCCUUCUAUACUUUAUACUCCUAACAAAAAUAAUAAAAAUCUGUAUCGAUGUAAAAGUAUCACGUGCAUAAUCUGAUUUAAACUUAAAGCGAGAUAACUUUGUGAAUGAAACCCUGAAUAUAAGGAAAAAGUAUUUCGUAUACAAUCUUGUCGGGAUAUUUCGAAAGUAUAUUUUUGCUGGCAGCACGCACAUUAUGAUGUUUACACAUUAAAAAAAAAAACAAACUUAUGAAUCAAACUCCUCUUCAUUUUAUAAACGGUUAAUAAUUUUAGGACGCUAGAUCGCUAGCUGGUUUUGGUUCGAAAUUAAAUCUUACCAAUGAGAAUAUUGAGUUCAAUCUCAUAUCUAUUGUAACAAAACCUAUAAGAAAAAAAAUCAAAUUAUUCGGCAGCUUGAAGCUGAAAUAUUUAAGUUGAAAUUUUGUAGUUUUCAUUUCUACUUGAUCAGGAAUCUAUUAUAUGAUAUAAGCAAUAUAAGUACUAAUUAUUAUCUAGAAAUAACAUACAAGUAUUAUAAAACAGAGGUUUUGUUACUAGAGAUAUUGCGUGAACUAAAAAUCUUGCAACUCUACAAAUCCUUAUGAACAAAAUGAAAUUCUUAUCAUCGUGCUUUGCAUCGCUGUGAUAUGAAUAAAACCCAAUGCCUUAUUUAUUUUAUGCGCACUAUUCUUAAUUACAAACUAUUGUUACGUCGACUUGCAAGCGUCUGUCUGUCACCCAGAGUGAAGGAAAAAUCGAAUGAAGGAUAGUCGUUAUAAAGUCUAUCAUUAUAAAGUUCUGUCAUUAUAAAGUUCGGUCAUUAUGAAGUCUGUCAUUAUAAACUUCGGUCAUUAUAAAGUCUGUCACUAUAAAGUUGGUCGUGUCGGGUUACCGUUCCAUCGGACCAUGAGAUCACUCUCACCUUCACAGGAACAAUGAGUGCACUUGGGUCUGCGCGAAAGCUUGUGCACUAUAUUCUCUGCGCAGCUGGCUAAUGUCCUUAUGUGAAUCGGCUUUGGACAUGUUUUUAAUAUCAUCAUAUCGAUCAUUAAAAAAGUUAAUAUAAAUUUAACUAUUGAAAUGAAACAAAUUAAAUUCAUUUUUCAAAUAAUUUAUUAAUACUAGGGUGACAGACAGCCAAGAAACAAAUAUAUAUUUCAAACAAAAUGAGCUUCGUAACAAAUAAGUAUCACGCGACUGAUUGUUACCUUAAAUAAAGAUAUUUCAAAAAUUAUUUCUUAAGUCGUUUUGAUGUGAUUGUUUUAUGAUAAGGUACAGUCAACUGCAGGUGAGUGGUAAUAGUUUUAUAGGAAAAUCGUACUUAUAACUAUUGAGUUAAGGUGCAUGACAGUUACCACUGAUGUGCAGUUUACUGUACCUAUUGAUUGCAAGAACUCUAAGGUUCGCUUAUCGCUAAAUGUAAGAGACAAUGAAAUGUAACUGAAUUUAUUCAGGUUAUUCUACAUAUUUCUAAUUAUUGCGGCCUAUUUAUACAGUAAUGAUGUUUUAAGGUUGAAAUAAAUGUUUUUGUUAAAGGAAUAAUAUUUCCUUUGUAACGUAUUGAACCCGUUUUAUGACAGCUGAGAUUUUUUUUCCAGUGCGAGAGAGAUGGAGCUAUACAAUACAAAUAGCACCGUCCCUUUUGCGCACUGGAUAACUACUGUCACAUUACGGUUACAAAUUGGGUUGAAUCUCUUGUUGAGUUUAAAUUAAAUAAUGGUUUUUGUAAGUCGUGUUGUCGUUUCUAUAUAAAUAGGCCACUAUUCUCCUAUUUAUUGCGAAUGGAAAUUCUAAAACGUGGUUGUAAUUGUUUUACACGUUCGCCUUUACGCUACUUGUUAUUUUUAAUUUAAGCGCACGAAUUUAUCAAUUUGACUAAAAUACUAAAACUUUGUUGGGAGUUGUACACACUUUGGGGCACUCGACAUUUUCAUACACUCUUGUUUUUUUAUCGACUAUGAAACAAUAAAAUUAUUCUGAAAGUGUCCCAAAGUGUGUACGAACCUUUAGUUAAGUGUCGUUGAGUGUUACAAGGGAAAAAAAUGAUGAUAUUUUUUCAUAAUUAAGCACACUUUCGCCUAAACUGUCGUGAAUGUUACACUAAGCAUAUGUGAUACCUACACGGUUUAUAAAUAAAUAAUAAUAAUUUGUGAAA